AAUAUAUAGCUCACCUAGGGUCCGUUUCUAACUCAAGAAUACCAGGUUAGUAUGGACUGAGGUGGUUGAGGGUAAAAAACUUUUUACAUUCCGAGCUUUUGCAGUCUAGGCUAUGGAUGUCGCUGGUGGGUUCGGCGGGGGCCAUUUAGCGCGAGCGAAAUUGAUGAGUUGAAUAUAAAUUGAUUAUAACACAAAUUUUCGAUCGUAUACAUCACCUACUUGAAAGGCCCACUACAGUCAACACAUUGCAGUCAACAUAUGGCGGUCAACAUAUUGUGGUGAGCAUAUUGUGGUGAGCAUAUUGUGGUGAAGAUAUCGCGGUCAACACACAUAAUGCACUUCUGGAAUAUACUUAUCGUCGUCGGGCUUGUUAUUAGCUCUGUUCAAAGUAAAGGAGGUCACGGAGGAGGAGGAGGAGGAGGUCGCGGAGGAGGUCGCGGAAGUGGAGGAGGCGGAGGCGGAGGCGGCAAGGGCGGAACAAGAUACAGCAGCUCAGGAGGUGUUGAAGGUGGCCGAAAUGGUCGAACAUUCUUCUACGACAGUAUUCCUUUGCUACCUGUCAGGGGACGGUAUUUCAAUACGACACACCGACAAGAUGGCAGGCCUUUGCCAGAUUGGGCAGCCAAUAGAGAGCUUAGGGGGCUUAUACGCAAGAAGAAAAAAAAACAUAAGAAAAAGAAGAAACCAGAAGAAGAAGAAGAAGAAGAAGAAGACGGGUUUGUAACAUGUGUUCCUGACGCAGCUAGUCUUAACGGAACGGAGACGGAUGCAGCUAUGGAUAAGUUUCUUAAGGACUGCGAUGGCGAGAAAGAGUUUAAGAAGAAGAAAGAGACGAGCGCAGACGAAAGCACCUUCUUUGGUUGUGACUAUGGGCAUGGGCAGAAAUGCCAUCGUGAUGAUAUCCUAGACAUGCAGGCCUGGGUCUAUUACUUCUGCGGAGAUCUUCCGGGUUGGUAUUCCCGAGAGAGUUGGAAAGUAACGUAUGGCCGGGCACCUCGAGGAGUCGAGAACUGCUAGAGAGUCAAGAGUGCUACUCGUCAAGUAAGGGGUAGGAAAUGGCAGCGACCUC